AUGAUAUGCAUUAUUCCACAGAUUGUCCCAGGAUUUAGGGUUCGCAUUAUACCAGUACUAGGAACCAUCCCUGCAAUAUUUGGUCAAGUUAUGGCCUCCUAUGUGAUUACUCAGCUUGCUGGAUUAGAUUUUCAAACUGAACCAGUUGUUAACCUGGAUUUGGAUCAUUACCGUAUGCUUCAUCAGCGUCUUAUUGAGCAUGAGGAGCUGAUGUAUGGGACAGCCGAGCAAGUUCUGGUAGAUUCUGAAGAGGUAAUGUACAUUGUCAAAGAAUUGUGGCGUGUUCGAAGUGCUAGAGACCAAAGUCAGAAGGACACGGGUCGGAAAAUGUGGAGAUCUGUCAAUGAACUAAUGCUUGUUCGGUGGGACAAAUCAAAGGCUGCUGGCAUCUCAAACUUAAUACUUCUCAAGUUUAGUGAGGCUGAUGCCCAUGAAUCCACCACACUCGACCGAAUAAAAGAAGAAGAACCUGAAUUCUACUCUAUGGUUUCACGUGUCCUGAAACGAGCUGAGAUGGAGUUUGCCUUAUGACUCAACGAGUAGCGAGGGUUGAUGAUCUUGCCUCUUGGAGGACUCUCACG